AUGGAUCAAAUUUUUCAACAAACCAAAGAAUACUUUGAAGAAUUGGAAUCUAUUAAAGAAAAGAUUCAAAGUACCAUCAAGGAGCUAGAUGAACCUCUUGCUAUCUUGCAAGGCUUACUUCAAAAAAUUCAUCAAAACAAGCCAAAUUUCUCGGAUCACGUGAAAGAACUUUGCAAAGCAGCAGAUCCAUAUAUUUCACAGUGUGCAGAAAGUUUGGCCAAAUUAUCAGCUUGCACUCCAGUGGGUGGAUAUUACAAGUAUUAUAAUAUGUGGCAAUACAGAUUGUCAAACCUUUGUUCAGUGAUUGCUUUAAAGCAUUUCAUCACCAAAGAUUUGGAAAACGAUAUUGAUCAUGCUCUCAUUACGAAGGAGGAGACUGAAAAGUUGUUAGGAAUUGAUAAAUUGGAAAAUUUCCAACUUCCAUUGGAGGAUUAUUUAUAUGGACUAUGCAAUUUAUUUUCUGAAUUGAACAGAUAUAGUGUAAACUGUGUUAUUCGAUUGGAUUUUGCAAAGCCAUUCAUUAUCAAAGAAUUUCUCACUCAAAUCUAUGACGGUUUUAAAUUAUUGAACUUGAAGAAUGAUUCAUUAAGAAAGAGAUUUGAUGCCAUUAAAUACGACGUGAAAAAAUGUGAAGAAAUAAUUUAUGACUUGUCCAUUCGUGGUCUUAAUCCUCAAGGAAAAUCUGUAAAUCUUUCUGUCAAUCCUAUUGUGAGCAAUUUGGAUGAAAAAGAUGAAAUGCAACAAGAUUUGUAA